AUGCCCAGUAGUACAGAUACUGCCGAUGAAGUUGUAAACUCCUGUAGUCCACCUAGGAAACGCUCUAAAAAAAGAUACCUGAGUGCAGAAAUGAAAGAGGUCAUUUUGAAUACAUAUAAGAUCGAGCGCGAGGAGAACGAGGCAUCAACCAUCAAAGAAAUUGUUGUGAAGGUUUCUCACAAAGUUGGGGUGUGUCGCGCAUCAGUGUUUAAUGUGUUAAGACAAUACAAAAAAAAUCACACCUUUUCUGAGCCAAUGACCAGUAAACAUCGCAAAAGUAUUGUUAAAUCAUUGGAUGAAGCUGAUAAGCAUGCGAUUAGGAGGAAAGUGCAUGAAUUCUUCUUUAGGAAUGAAAUACCUACUAUAGAUAAAGUACUGCAGGAGGUAAAUGGAGAUACAACGUUGCCAAAUUUCAAACGAUCAACUUUCCAUGCGUUACUGAAGCAUUUAAAUUUCAAAUGGAAAAAACGGGGUCGUAAUAGUUUACUACUGGAUAGAGAAGAAAUUGUGCUAUGGAGGAGGGAUUAUUUAACAAAAAUUGGGAAAUAUAGAAAUCAAAACAGGAAGAUUUAUUACCUUGAUGAAACGUGGGUAAACGCAGGACACACUACAAGUAAAGUAUGGGUUGAUGAUUCUGUAACUUCAUCCAGGAGGGCCUUUCUAGAUGGACUGUCCACCGGAUUAAAAAAUCCAGCAGUACUUCGAUUUCCAGGUAAAGGGAAGAGGCUCAUUAUCUGCCAUAUUGGCAGUGAGUAUGGAUUUGUUGUUGACGGUCUGUGGUGCUUUGAGUCUAAGGAAACUGGAGAUUACCACGAGGAUAUGAAUGGCGAAUCGUUUGAACAGUGGUUUUCAAAAAUUUUACCGAACUUAGAGGAAAACGCAGUAAUUGUGUUGGAUAAUGCGCCUUAUCAUUCUCAAAGAAUGGAGAAGGUCCCAACAACGGCUUCAAGGAAAGUUGAUGUUCAAAAUUGGCUCCGCUCGAAAAAUAUCAACUUUGAAGAAGCAAUGCUGAAAGUACAAUUAUUAAGAAUUGUCAAGGAUCACAAGGCGGAAUAUCAAAAAUACGCCAUUGACGAAAUGGCAGCAAGUCAAAAUAAAACUGUGCUCCGUUUACCUCCAUACCAUUGCGAGCUCAAUCCCAUUGAGCUCAUAUGGGCAGAGCACGUGAAAGACCAAGUUGAAAAGAGAAUGUGGGAACUGGACAAUAUUUUAGAGGAACAAGUCGAGCCAUUCAUUAUUGACGUUGCGUUCGAUGAUCACGUGCAAAGAACUGUUACUGCGGAUUGGUAUACCACCAUUUAUUUGCCAAUAGUCAUCACCGAGCUUCGAAAAAUCAACCCCGAAAGAAGAAUCAUCCUCCACCAAGACAAUGCAAGCUCGCAGACAGCCCAAAAAACAAGGCAGUAUUUAACGGAAGAAAACGUGGAAUUAUUGGACCAUCCUCCAUAUAGUCCCGAUCUAAGUCCUAACGAUUUCUUUACUUUCCCGAAAAUUAAAAACAGACUACGUGGUCAAAGGUUUCAGUCACCAGAAGAAGCAGUUGACGCAUUCAAAAAAGCCGUUUUGGAUCUGCCAGCAAACGAGUGGAAUAAGUGCUUCGAAAAUUGGUUCGAGCGCAUGCAGAUGUGUAUUAAUCUUCGUGGAAAACAAUAAAGUCAUUUAAAACUACCUACCUUGUUGUUUUAUUUCCAUAUGCAAAACUUAAAAGACAGCCCUCGUAUAUACAU